GAUAUGGCCGGGAGGCAUAUCUAGAAAGCAUGGCGUCUGUUGCCUCACCGUAUCCAUUGUCGCUGCGACCUUCCAUCUGCCACUUCACAGCUUUAUCCAAUAGGAAAGGUCCACGAAAUCCGAAUACUAGUUUCCAUGUUCUGGCGCGAGACAUAGCUACUGAGGCUCUUGGUUCGGUUUCUUCAGGUACAAAACAUAAUGUACUAUGUUGCAAGAACAGCCAACAGCAGCACCGAGAAUCACGUUUUCGGGUACAAGAAGGAUUCGGGGCAAAAAGAAGGGAUUUUGUGCUUCAGAUGGCUGCUACUGCAACUUUUCCGUUGAUCAUUCCAAAUGCAUUGGCUGAGAAGGAUGUGCCAGAGAAUUUUCGUCUUUAUACUGACGACGUGAACAAGUUCAAGAUACUGAUUCCUCAAGAUUGGCAAAUAGGGGCAGGAGAGCCUAAUGGAUUUAAAUCAAUUACAGCUUUCUACCCAGAAGAGGCGUCAAAUUCAAAUGUCAGCGUUGUGAUUACGGGGCUUGGAGCGGAUUUUACCAGGAUGGAGUCUUUCGGCAAAGUCGAUGCUUUUGCUGAGACUCUGGUUAAUGGACUGGAUAGAAGCUGGCAAAGGCCUCCAGGUGUGGCAGCGAAACUCAUAGACUGUAAAGCCUCAAAUGGGAUUUAUUACAUUGAGUAUUCGCUACAAAAUCCUGGUGAAAGUCGCAGACGUUUGUUUUCAGCAAUUGGGAUGGCAUCCAAUGGCUGGUACAAUAGACUAUAUACUGUGACAGGACAGUUCAUGGAGGAAGAAUCAGAGAAAUACAGCUUCAACAUUGAGAAGGCGGUAGCAUCCUUCAGGUUUAUUUGAAAAAAUACUAACUAGAAGAUGAAGAUUUGGUUUUGUGUUCUUGCUCACUAGUUUUGUAUAUCAAACAUGUUGCACUGAAAAUUUGUUUAGAUUGGUCCCCAUGAAUGAUAUUCAAGUAAAUUCGAUGUA